GUGUUCACCUGCUCUCUAUGACUUUGUUUUUUACUUUAAUUUAGUUACCUCCCAGUCACCACUUCUAUGUUUUCCUUAUAUAUAAUCUUUCUACCUUCGCAUGAAUACUAUCGAAAACAGUUUUUCUACUUUUGCAUGAAUACUAUAGACUAUCGAAAAUAGUCUCUUUGUAUUCGCAAGAAUAUUAUCGACUAUCGAAAACAGUGUUUUUACCUUUGCAAGAAUACUAUCGAUUAUUGAAAACAGUCUUUCUACCUUCGCAAGAAUAUUAUCGAUUGUUGUAGACAGUCUUUUUACCUUUGCAAGAAUACUAUCGACUAUUGGAAACAGUCUUUCUACCUUUGCAAGAAUAUUAUCGAUUGUUGUAGAGAGUCUAUUUACCUUUGGAAGAAUUCUAUCGACUAUUGAAAACAGUCUUUCUACCUCGACGUAGUACUGAAGUUGUGUUUGUUUUUUUUUUCUUUCAAGGAGGAGGUGAGUUGAGUUUGGUGUGUGUGUGUUAGUUGUGGAGUUAUAAAGAUGGGAGCUGAAGCUGAAGUGAUGGUAGCUGCUGUACAACAGACCAUUAAUGUCUUGGAUGUCCCUUGCUCUUCUGAUGAUCUGGUUUCUAAUUCCCCAGAUACUACAAUUUUGCAAUUUGUUCCUAGCGUUCGCUCAGGUAGCUUUGCAGAUAUUGGCCCACGGAGGUUCAUGGAAGAUGAGCAUAUAAGGAUAGAUGAUCUUUCUGCACAUCUAGGCUCCCUCGUCAAGUUCCCUAAGCCUUGCGCCUUCUAUGGGGUGUUUGAUGGUCAUGGAGGACCCGAAGCAGCAGCUUAUGUGAGGCAACAUGUACUCCGGUUCCUUUUUGAGGAGACAAAUUUCCCUCAGACAUCAGAAGUUGAUGAGACAUUUUCGAAAGAGGUGAAGAACUCGGUAAGAGAAGCGUUUCUUCACGCUGACCUUGCUUUGGCUGAUGAGUGUAGCGUGAGUAGUUCUUCUGGAACUACUGCGUUGACAGCGCUGAUAUUGGGAAGGCUUUUAAUGGUGGCGAAUGCCGGAGACUGUCGAGCAGUCCUUUGCCACAAGGGUGAAGCAGUUAAUAUGUCUCAAGACCAUAGACCGAAUUAUGCAUCGGAGAGAAGGCGUGUUGAAGAGUUGGGUGGAUUUAUUGACGAUGGUUAUCUCAAUGGUGUCCUAUCAGUGACUAGGGCCUUAGGAGACUGGGACAUGAAGCUGCCUCGUGGCUCUUCCUCUCCUCUGAUCGCGGAACCUGAAUUCCGACAGAUCAUCUUGAACGAGGAUGAUGAAUUCCUUAUCAUAGGUUGUGAUGGGAUCUGGGAUGUUAUGUCAAGUCAACAAGCUGUUAAUCUUGUACGCCGUGGUCUGAAGCGGCAUGAUGAUCCUGAACAGUGUGCCAAGGACAUUGUCAUGGAGGCCUUGCGUCUGAACACCUUCGACAAUCUUACUGUGGUAAUCGUUUGCUUUACUUCCCUUGAUCAUCCUGAACCAUCACAGUCGCGACAAAGGCGAUUAAGAUGCUGCAGCUUCUCAGCCGAAGCUUUGUGCAGCUUACAGAGUUGGUUGGAUAACAGUGGAAACCGUUGAGUUUUUCGUACAUACAAUUAGUUGCCGGAGAGGAUGGGCGCGGUGUUUGUUGUAUGGCAGUCUCUCAUUUUAUUAGCUGUACAUAACAACUACUUUCAAACUUAAAUUCAUCAAUUGAAAUAUUUUUGUCAAA